AUGGAUUCCCUCAAUACCCAAAAUUUGUUUAGAAAGCUUGAUAAUAGACCGAAGGGGUGGUGGAACCAGAGAUUUGUUGAAGAGCUGUUCGGAAGUAGCCUGUACCGGGAUGAAAUCUCAAGUUCCUUCGCGGAAAAGACGAUAGCCGACAGAGACGGAAAAUAUCUCAUAAAAAGGGCCCAAAUAAAAGAGGCAUUACGCCUUAUAAACCGAACUGUGGUUCGUCAAGUUUCGGUCUUCGGUGGUGAAGGCUCACAAUUUGGUUCGACUCUUGGGUUCUCAGCAAAUGAUCUCAUGUUACAGGCGAGUCUGAUGGAGGAGUAUGAAAAGGAUUACGCGGCUACUGACUCUGACAAUGAUGCCGCCCUGAACAAUUGGUAUGUUGUUUGUGUGAUCGCAGAGGCCAAUGCGUGGCUCAGGGGACCACUAAUUCCAUGUAAAAUACCGGGGCUGUUGUCCCAAAAGCCCACCAUUUCGUUUCAAAAAUGGCGGCUCCAUUUCCUUGCAGGCAAGGAAAAUACUCCUCACGUAGGCUCAAGUUCUCGGCCAGCACAGUCACCUGUCACAAACAUGGCUAGUUCAGAAAACCGUUGUGAACCCUGGCUUGCUGCCUCUGCAGAAGGCGACUUAGGUAGCGGACGUGAUGUUGUUCGAAUUUGGUGUAUUCCAAUUUGCGGAAGAUGCCUGGUUUCAGAUGUAUCUCCUGCAAACCAGCAACACACAUAUGGCGUCAUUCAAGAAGAUCUACUUGGAGCAACUGCGUCAUUGACUUGCAGAGGAACAACCCCACAUGCCCUAGCUAGCCCCCUGAGAAAAAGGGAAUUCAGGAUUGCCACCUGUGCCAGAAGGGAGUCAAGAUAUGAUUUUGUCAAUAAGUCCUUACCCAAACUUCAGAGAUUUGCGGAUGGAAAAUGA